CCUCUUCCAUUUCCCUCCCCUCUCCCGUCUCAUCUCUCCAGCACACAAACCAUAACUCUUUCCCCUCUCUCUUUUUUCCCCCACACUUUCCCGGGAAACAAGCACAAAAAUAAUGCCUUCCAUCAGCGGUGUGCAAACUACCAAUGAAGACUCCUUGGACGCUCCUCCUAAUCAUCACAAACACAAACCCUCCUCUCGAGACUCCCGUGACCUACCUUCUUUAAUGUUGUCUCCUUGUUACCCCAUCACUCUCAAGUUCAUUGAUGUUAGCUACCGGGUAAAGAUGGAGAAUACCGGAAAAGGCAGCAUCAAGCGUUUAUUUACUCAUGGGACCACGACGUCUGAUCAAGGAUCAACGGCAGCCAAACAGGAAAGAACGAUCUUGAACAAUAUAACCGGCAUGGUGUCCCCCGGUGAAAUCCUAGCCGUUCUUGGACCUUCUGGUAGUGGGAAAUCAACGCUGCUCAGUGUUCUGGCGGGAAGGAUGCAUGGACACGGGUAUACCGGAACGGUUCUUGCGAACAACAGAAGGCCUACUAAACAGACGGCGAAACGCACCGGAUUUGUCACUCAGGACGACGUUCUAUACCCGCACCUCACCGUCCGGGAAACGCUGGUUUUCUGCUCCCUGCUCCGCCUCCCCAACACGCUGUCGAGGAAAGAGAAGACGUCGGUAGCCGAGUCGGUGAUAUCGGAAUUGGGUUUAACAAAAUGCGAGAACACCAUAAUUGGAAACGGUUUCAUCCGCGGCGUGUCCGGCGGUGAAAGGAAGAGGGUGAGCAUAGCCCACGAGAUGCUGAUAAAUCCUAGUUUGUUGAUUCUCGACGAACCCACGUCUGGUUUGGACGCAACGGCAGCGCACCGGUUGGUUUCCACUUUGGGAAGCUUAGCUCAAAAGGGGAAGACCAUCGUGACAUCCAUGCACCAGCCGUCGAGCCGGGUUUACCAGAUGUUUAACUCCGUGCUGGUGUUGAGCGAAGGGAGAAGCUUGUAUUUUGGAAAAGGUUGUGAAGCUAUGGCUUACUUCGACUCCAUCGGUUUCUCGCCGUCUUUUCCCAUGAAUCCAGCGGAUUUCCUCCUUGAUCUCGCCAACGGUGUUUGCCAUCGUGAUGGCUCAAGCGAAAGAGAGAAGCCAAAUGUGAAACAGUCCCUGGUUGCCUCCUACAAUGCAUUGUUGGCUCCCCAAGUAAAAGUUGCCUGCAUGGAUAAAAUCCCUGUGUCAUCCAAGGACAUGCAUUUUGUUGGAAGCCAUUCUUCUGGAAAAGAACACAGAAAUAGAUACAACAUCCUCAGCCUUUCCAUGUGGUUCUAUCAAUUCGGCAUCCUCCUGCAGAGAAGUCUUAAAGAACGAAAGUACGAGUCCUUCAAUGCCCUUAGAAUCUUUCAAGUGAUCAUGGCAGCACUCCUAGCUGGUUUAUUGUGGUGGCAUUCUGAUUAUCGAGACAUUCAGGAUCGUCUUGGCCUCCUCUUCUUUUUUGCUAUCUUCUGGGGAGUUCUACCAUCCUUCAAUGCAGUCUUUGCCUUCCCUCAAGAACGAGCUAUCUUCAUGAAAGAGCGUGCUUCAGGGAUGUACACGCUGUCUUCAUAUUUCAUGGCACGAAUAAUUGGAGACAUGCCUAUGGAGCUGAUCCUUCCCACAGUUUUCCUCGCUGUGGCAUACUGGAUGACUGGACUCAAACCUGACCCAGUUACAUUCCUCCUCACGCUCCUUGUUCUCCUUGGGUAUGUCCUCGUUUCUCAAGGGCUCGGUCUAGCAUUAGGCGCAGCAAUCAUGGAUGCCAAACAGGCUUCCACCAUAGUCACUAUGACCAUGCUAGCAUUCGUGCUCACUGGAGGAUUCUAUGUACACAAGGUACCAUCCUGUAUGGCCUGGAUCAAGUACAUUUCUACAACAUUCUAUACAUACAGGCUGCUCAUCAAUGUCCAGUAUGGCAGAGGUGAGAAAAUUUCAGAACUCUUGGAAUGCUCACGCUCCAAUAGCAAUAGGGCAAGUUGCAAGUUCAUUGAGCAAGACAUUGAAGGGCAAAUAAGCCCUGGGGUGAGUGUUGGUGUCAUGAUUUUGAUGUUGGUAGGAUAUAGAUUAUUGGCUUAUCUUGCACUAAGGCGCAUAAAAGCUUGAGCCUUUUGUUUUAACUGGAUAGGGGUUGAUGAUGCUAAUUAACAAUAUAGUUCUUCUCAAUUGUAAUUUUCGGAAUUAAUAUUGAUAAAAAAUGAUUGCCAAGUGAUAUAGCCUUCCCAUUGAAGGAGUAAAGGAAGUGUUUACAAUUGCACAAGUCAAUGUGUAAUGUGAAAUUGUGAAUACCCUUGUGCCAAAAUAUAUACAUAAAAGAGAAAAAUGGAAAUGUUGAUUCCUGUACUGCAUUAAAUUUCAGUCUAUUUU